AUGACGUAUGAUAAAAAAAGACAAGCCAUUGUUCCACCACAAAGAGUUCCCCAAUUCUUAGUUGGUGACAAAACGGCAUGCCAACAACAUGGAUCAGGACACGAGACUUUACAGUGUGGCAAUACUGAUGUAUACAUUAAAUCUGAGUGUGUUUGUACAUUUUAUAACGUAAAUGAAGCAAAAUACCACGACCAUACGGCUUGUCCAAAUGGAGAGAACUCGGACGAUGUGAAACGAUUAACAUGUAGAGAGUGUGCACUAUUCAGUCUCCACAACAAAGGGCCCUGUAUUAACGGCGGCAAUCUGACGUGUAAGACGGGGGAAAACGUGCUUGCGCCUGAUAUUCAAUGUGACUGUCCAGAUGAUUUUGAAGGAAUGUUUUGUGAAAAUAGAAUGGAGAAUGUGACCAGAAUUUGUGACAUGGUCACAGAACCUUCUUCUCCCCAACUAAUAAACUGCGACCUCACGAAAAUGGAUUGCUUUACAUACAGCGAAAACAAAAAAUAUGCUUUCAAAUGUAAUAAAACAGAGGAAAGCCAGGAAAGAAAAGGAUUACCAUUAUGUAGCGAGAUAUAA